CUGCGUGGAGUUGCGGGGAGCCCUCGGGGCUCUUGCGGGCUUCGCUUCUCCCGCUCUGCCCAGGUCCCGACGAGGCUAGAGAAGCGCUCCGCCGUGGAGAGCCGCCUGCCUGUCCCCGCGGCCCCAUGUUGAGCCGCCCCUCCGCCCGCUGAGCCGCGCCUCGCCCGGCAUGCUGCCCGUCUUGGCGGGGCUGGCCUUCGCCCGGUGGGGGGCGGCGGCGGCCCAGGAGAGCCUCCCGGGCGGCCGCUUCGUCUGCACUUCGCUGCCGCUGGACGCCGCCUGCCCGCUGCCCGCCGUGCCCGCGCCGGGCGGCGGCCUGCCCCCCGAGGAGGAGCUGAAGGCCACCGUGCUCCGGCUGCGGGAGACCAUCCUGCAGCAGAAGGAGACGCUGGGCAACCAGCGGGAGACCAUCCGCGAGCUGACAGCCAAGCUGGGCCGCUGCGAGAGCGCCCCGGGGGGCCCCGACGGCAAAGGCGGCGCCUGGAGGAAAGAGGCGGCGGCCAAAGGGAAGGACACCAUGGGCGACCUGCCCCGCGACCCCGCCCGGAUUAUCGACCAGCUGAGCCGCACCAUGCAGACCCUGAAGGACCGUCUGGAAAACCUGGAGCAUCAGCUCCGUUCCAACGUGUCAUAUGCAGCUCUGCCUCUUGAUCUCCGAGAGAUGCUUCAAAGGAGGCUCGGAGAUCUGGAGCGGCAGCUUCUCAGCAAAGUGGCAGAACUGGAGAAUGAGAAAUCUCUGCUCCAUAAUGAGACUUCCACCCAUCGACAAAGGACAGAGGCGGCCUUGAACGCUCUGCUUGAAAGAGUUUCGGAGCUGGAAAGAGGUACCAGCGCCUUCAAGUCACCGGAUGAAUUCAAAGUCUCCCUCCCUCUUCGCACCAAUUAUUUGUACGGGAAGGUGAAGAAGACGCUACCAGAGCUGUACGCCUUCACUGUGUGUUUGUGGCUGAAGUCAAGCGCAUCUCCUGGAAUCGGAACACCAUUCUCUUACGCCGUCCCUGGCCAAGCAAAUGAAAUGGUGUUGAUAGAGUGGGGGAACAAUCCCAUCGAGCUGCUGAUCAAUGACAAGGUUGCACAGCUCCCGCUCUUCAUCAGCGAUGGGAAAUGGCACCACAUCUGUGUCACGUGGACAACGCGGGAUGGGAUGUGGGAAGCUUUUCAGGAUGGAGAGAAACUCGGCACCGGGGAUAACUUGGCACCUUGGCACCCUAUCAAACCAGGAGGGGUUCUGAUUCUUGGUCAGGAGCAGGACACUGUCGGUGGACGGUUUGAUGCGACUCAAGCCUUUGUUGGGGAGAUGAGCCAGUUCAAUAUAUGGGACAGGGUCUUAAAGCCUGAAGACAUCAUGAAUAUUGCUAACUGCUCUACCAACAUGCCUGGUAACAUCAUACCGUGGGUCGACAACAACAUUGAUGUAUUUGGUGGUGCAGCGAAAUGGCCCGUGGAGACGUGUGAAGAGCGCCUGCUAGAUCUAUAGCCAUGAUCAUUCCCCAUUUUAAGUGCCCUGUUUUUAUCAAGACAAUCUUUCAUGGGCUCCGCGGCUCUUGUUUUCCCGGUUCACUCUCCUGAAUGAUCAUUCUUUUCAUAACUGCUUAGUAAACUGCCAGGUAUGAACACGCACGUUAUUUGCAGUUCUCUGGGGACACCUGGAAUGGUCCUGUGGGUAGCCAACGGGAGAUAUACAAGAUCACACUGAUGCUCUUGCGCAUUGUCUGAUUCGGGAGUAUCUUGGCAAGGUCAUGGGCUUUGUGGAUGGCAUGAAUUUCAAUCUCGGGCAUUACUUUCAUACCUUGGGACUACACCCAGGUAUGAUUCAUUUGACAACGGCGUUUUCA